AUGACACAACAUUUGCAAGUAAUUCACUGUGAUGGAUUAACCGUUAAUAAUCUCUGCUCGACAAAUGAAACGCGUAUCCAAGCAACAAACUCCACGAUACAUAUGACAAAAUCAAGAUGUCCACUUGUUGCGAAUAUUACAGCCACUGAUUCAGCAAUCGUGUAUGUUUGUGCUACGAAGGCGAUUAAUGCAAUUGUUUCACAAAAUGCAAUAGUAUACUAUAAGGGAUCAUUGAAUCACACACAGACAAGUAGCGGUGGCCAAUUGCUGGAAUGGCCGUGA